UAAAAAUCAUAUAUAUUUAUAUUUUUGUAGCAACAGUUUGCAAAAAUACAAAAUACAACUUGCUAUAUUAUGUAAUUAUGAAACAGUUGUUAUGAAACUCUUAAGGGGAUAGUAUGCUAUUUCUGAAUUUUGCCCAAAUGCAAUUGGCUAUUUAUGUAAAGAUCCCAAACUUGUUUCUACAGUGGACCAACAACGAGCCCAAACGAAAAGCCCAUAGAGUCCAAGUCCGAAAUAGAGUACUAAACUCCUUACUACAACGCCGGCGAUCGGAAGUUAAAAUGAAACAAAACGAAGAAAACGCCGCUAGUGGCGGCGCCGCCAAUUACCGGUGGUGGGCCGCCGCGAGUACGGGUCAGUUACUAUGGGGAAUUUACUCUUAUAGGAGAGGUUAUUCCGGUGAAUGUAAAAUGAUGCCGCUUAAAGCCUUCGCCGUCGCUUCGCUUUUCGUCGGCGCAACUGCUUCCGCUUCAAUGGCUUCUCUUCGCGCCUGCGGCAUUUACUCCGUAGAAGACAUGAAGGUUGUCGGGGAAAGUAUAAGAACCGGACUUGGGUUGACACGAAGGGCACGAGAAGACUAAGUACUUUUGAGAACUAUCGUGAAUCAGUAGCCUAAAGAUUAUUGACGAAGGAAGAUCUCCAUCUUUGUGUAGUUUCUUGCUAAAACCAUUCCAAGGGGAGCACAUAUCCCAAAGGGUAUCCACCCCAGCUUGUACCAAAAUAAUAAAUGCAUGACAUGUUUGUUUAUAUACGAGGUUAAUUACUUGAUCAUGGUUAA